AUGUGCAGUUCAGUUGCUCCCAGGCUGUGGUUCUUAACAGACCGUCGCAUCAGAGAAGAUUACCCUCAGCAGGAGAUCCUGAGAGCACUGAAGGCCAAGUGCUGUGAAGAGGAGCUAGAUUUCCGGGCCUUGGUGAUGGAUGAAGUGGUGCUGACCAUCGAGGAUGGAAAUCUUGGUCUCCGGGUGAAUGGGGAGCUCAUUACUGCUUACCCACAAGUGGUGGUUGUGCGUGUACCAACACCUUGGGUCCAGAGUGACAGCGAUAUCACAGUCCUUCGCCACCUAGAGAAGAUGGGCUGUCGAUUGAUGAAUCGUCCCCAAGCCAUCCUCAACUGUGUCAACAAGUUCUGGACGUUUCAAGAACUUGCUGGUCACGGUGUGCCUCUUCCAGACACUUUCUCAUAUGGUGGUCAUGAGAAUUUUGCCAAAAUGAUUGAUGAGGCGGAAGUGCUGGAGUUCCCUAUGGUGGUGAAGAACACGCGGGGUCACCGAGGUAAAGCUGUGUUCCUGGCACGAGACAAGCACCAUUUGGCAGACCUAAGCCAUUUGAUCCGUCACGAUGCCCCUUACUUAUUUCAAAAAUAUGUUAAAGAGUCCCAUGGCAAGGAUGUACGUGUCAUCGUAGUAGGAGGCCGUGUGGUGGGCACCAUGCUCCGCUGCUCAACAGAUGGGAGGAUGCAGAGUAACUGCUCACUUGGUGGUGUAGGCAUGAUGUGCUCACUGAGUGAACAAGGCAAGCAGUUGGCAGUCCAAGUGUCAAACAUCCUGGGGAUGGACGUGUGCGGCAUUGACCUGCUGAUGAAGGACGACGGUUCAUUCUACGUCUGCGAGGCCAAUGCAAAUGUAGGUUUCAUUGCCUUUGACAAGGCUUGUAAUCUAGAUGUAGCUGGUAUCAUAGCGGACUAUGCCGCUUCUCUCCUUACCCCCGGUCGCUUGACGCGGCGCAUGUCCUUGCUCUCUGUGGUGUCCACGGCAAGCGAGACUAGCGAGCCAGAGCUGGGCCCUCCAGCUAGUGCCGCUGUCGACAAUAUGAGUGCUAGCUCCAGCUCUGUCGACAGCGACCCUGAGACCACGGAGAGAGAGUUGCUCACCAAGCUCCCGGGGGCUCUAUUCAACAUGAACCAGCUAUUAGCCAAUGAGAUCAAACUUCUUGUGGAGUGAUGCCACAUGUAAAUAGAUGACCAACAGAACUCUCUCUUGUAAAUUUUUUUUUAAACCAACUUGCAAUGCUGUUUAUCAGAGAAGCUCAGAGGAAUGAGGAAAGGGGGGUGUGUCAAUCAAGAGAGCAAGAGUAAAAGGCACGUGUGCAGUGAUUGCUGCCCCUACUUUUUUGCAGAACAUAAAAUUGUGUUCAUUCUUCAGCAUCAGUUUU